AUGCCUGGGGGCGAGAACAGCCUUCGUGCUGGGACCCCUCCCUGCCCGGAGUCCCCCCACUUCCGACACCAGCUGCAAGUUUGGGGGCCCCUGCGCUUCUGCCUGGUUCCAAAUGCAGGGUCCCCCCCUUUCAGUGGAACCGCUCAGAGCCAGCCGCCGGCCCCUGCUGUGUGCCGGGCCCGCUGGGACGGGCGGCUCCGCCGUCCAGCCCGCGCGGAGGAGCCCCGGGGCCAGAGGCCAGCAGGCUGGACCCGCACUCACCCGUGCGCCCACAUCCCGGCCGCGGGCACCACCUGCCUGAGCGUCUGCCCUCGGCAGCGGGCCAAGGCACGUCACCUCAGUCCCGGGGUCCCUCGGAGGUUCUCCAGGGCAGACCACGCCUCGGGCCAGUCAGCCACAGGAAGCUUCAAAGAGCUGACAUCAUGGGAGCUGCUGUUCAGCCCCACUGCCGGGCGAAGCGAGGGCGCAGCUGGCCUGCGCCGGGGCACAGGGCGGAGGGCAGAGGGCGGCGCGGGGACAGUCGCUGGCGGGGCCCGGGGCGCAGCACACCUGGACCGAGUGUCCAGCAAGGGCCCGGCCGACGCGCGCUGGUCCGGCUGCGAGCAGGGGCACCGGCCGCCACCGCGCCGCACGCUCCCGCGGGGGGAGGCCCACAGGCGCGGGGCGUCCGCGGGCCCGGCUCCUUGGUCAGACUCGCCACCGGUUCUCCCCGAACGGACCGACGUCCCAGACAGCGCCUCGGCUUCCUGCCGGCGCUGGGGGAGAGUGGCCGUGCCCCCCCAGGGCGCUGCAGCCGGGACAGCGUCCUCUCCCAGCGCCCCGGACGACCGGCCGGGACCGCCGCCAGCUCCCGCCAGAGGGGGAGCGGCCCGGACCCCAGCCCUCCCCCGCCAGGCCGGGGAAGGCCCCGAGGGUCAGGCGACCUCAGCCCGCGAAGGCGGCGCACACGGGGAGGGCGGCCCACACGCCGCCGAAAGCGCGCUUGACGCCGCGAAUCAGCGGCCGAGUCGGCGCCGGGAGAAGCCCUCUGGGCUGGCCGGGGCCCUCGCGCCGACCCCCGCGGGGACGAGCACUCCCGGGCCCCCGGAGAGUCGGGGUGCGGGCUUCCUGCUCACCCCAAGCGAGGGCCGUGCCCCUUCCUCUCCUCACAUCAGCGCUGGGCCCCGUCCGGGCGUCGGCUACAGCCCCAGGGAGCAGAGGCAUCAGGUUGGCUGCCUGGCUCCUGACCACGACACACCUCCCCCAGCCCCGAAGCCCUCCCAAGCUGCUCUCCCCGCAGGAGGCUGGGCCCUGCUGCUGCCGCUCCUGUGGGCAGCACUGGGUAUCUGGGGUGCGGAGCUGGGAGCGCCGGGGGCCGCGGAGGCACCCCCCUGCCCGGUGGCCUGCACCUGCAGCCUUGAUGACGGCGUGGACGAGCUCAGCGUCUUCUGCAGCUCCCGGAACCUGACGCGGCUGCCCAGCGGCGUCCCCACGGCCACCGGGGCCCUGUGGCUGGACGGCAACAACCUGUCCUCCAUCCCCGCGGCCGCCUUCCAGAACCUGUCCCGGCUGAGCUUCCUCAACCUGCAGGGCAGCGGGCUGGCGGGGCUUGAGCCGCAGGCGCUGCUGGGCCUGCAGCGUCUCUACCACCUACACCUGGAGCGGAACCAGCUGCGCAACCUGGCAGCCGGCACCUUCCAGCACACGCCGGGCCUGGCCUCGCUCGGCCUCAGCAACAACCUUCUCACCCGGCUGGAAGACGACCUCUUCCAGGGCCUGGCUGGCCUCUGGGGCCUGGACCUGGGCUGGAACGGGCUGGUGGCGCUGCCCGACGCCGUUUUCCGGGGGCUGGCCAGCCUGCGCGAGCUGGUGCUGGCGGGGAACAGGCUGGCCUACCUGCAGCCGCCGCUCUUCUGCGGCCUGGGCGAGCUCCGCGAGCUGGACCUCAGCCGCAAUGCGCUGCGCGGCGUCAAGGCCCAGGUCUUCGUCAAGCUGCCCCGGCUGCAGAAGCUCUACCUGGACCACAACCUCAUCGCGGCCGUGGCCCCCGGCGCCUUCCUGGGCAUGAAGGCGCUGCGCUGGCUGGACCUGUCCCACAACCGCGUGGCAGGCCUGCGGGGGGACAGCUUCCCCGGGCUGCUGGGCCUGCAUGUGCUGCGCCUGUCGCACAACGCCAUCGCCAGCCUGCGGCCCGGCACCUUCCGCGACCUGCACGCCCUGGAGGAGCUGCAGCUAGGCCACAACCGCCUGCGGCAGCUGCCAGAACGUGCCUUCGAGGGCCUGGGCCGGCUGGAGGUGCUGACGCUGGACCACAACCAGAUCCAGGAGGUGCAGGCGGGCGCCUUCCUGGGCCUCCUCAGCGUGGCCGUCAUGAACCUCUCUGGCAACUGCCUGCGGGACCUGCCAGAGCAGGCCUUCCGGGGCCUGGGCCAGCUGCACAGCCUGCACCUGGAGCGCAGCUGCCUGGGCCGCGUGCGCCGCCACACCUUCGCCGGGCUCUCGGGGUUGCGCCGGCUCUUCCUGCGCGACAAUGGCAUCACCGCCAUCGAGGAGCACAGCCUGCAGGGGCUGGGCGAGCUGCUGCAGCUGGACCUCAGCGCCAACCAGCUCUCCCACCUGCCCGCACAGCUCUUCCAGGGCCUCGGCAAGCUGGAGUACCUGCUGCUGCCCCGCAACCAGCUGGCGGAGCUGCCACCGGACGCCCUGGCGCCCCUGCAGCGGGCCUUCUGGCUGGACGUGGCCCACAACCGCCUGCGCACCCUACCCCGGGAGCUGCUGGCGCCGCUGGGGCGGCUGCGCUUCCUCAGCCUCAGGAACAACUCACUGCGGACCUUCGAGCCGCAGCCCCAGGGCCUGGAGCGCCUGUGGCUGGAGGGCAACCCCUGGGACUGUGGCUGUGCCCUGCGGGCCCUGCGGACCCUGGCCCUGCAGCAGCCUGGCGUGGCACCCCGCUUCGUGCGGGCCGAGGCCGAGGGGGAGGACGGCCAGCCGCCCGCCUACGCCUACAACAACAUCACCUGUGCCAGCCCCCCGGGCGUGGCCGGCCGCGACCUGCGGGACCUGGGGGAGACCCACUUCGAGCACUGCUGAGCCGCCCGCGCGACUCCCUCCCAGGCCCGGCGGCCUCGCUGGGGGGUGGGGGAGGCGGGAGGAGGGCGCGGCAGCCUCCCCCCACCCCCGCUGCGCUGGCAUUAAAGUACU